AUAUUCGAUCUUGAAGCUGAAGCAGUGAGCAGUGCAUUGUGGGUUAUCCGCCAUCUUACUUUUCCACCCCUCUGUCGAAGACAAAUACAGACACUCGAGCAUUGGUACUAUUUUCGACAGAAUAAAAGUCCGUCACGAUGGCAGGUAACGUGGGGAUGGAGCAACUCAUCCCCAUAGUCAACAAACUUCAAGAUGCCUUCACUCAGCUUGGGGUUAAUAUGCAACUGGACCUCCCACAAAUUGCUGUUGUGGGAGGCCAGAGUGCAGGCAAGUCCUCUGUACUGGAAAACUUCGUUGGCAAGGAUUUUCUUCCUCGAGGUUCUGGUAUUGUGACACGUCGACCUUUAAUUCUACAGCUUAUCAAUUCCAACUCGGAACAUGCUGAGUUCUUGCAUUGCAAAGGGAAGAAAUUUGUGGAUUUUGAUGAGGUUCGCAGAGAAAUUGAGGCAGAAACAGACCGCUUGACUGGCUCCAACAAGGGAAUAUCUAAUGUUCCUAUCAAUCUAAGAGUUUAUUCUCCCAAUGUUCUUAAUUUAACACUAAUUGAUCUCCCGGGCAUGACAAAAGUACCUAUUGGUGACCAACCUAAGGAUAUUGAACAUCAAAUUCGCUCAAUGCUCCUUCAAUUUAUUCAGAAAGAUAAUUCUUUGAUAUUGGCCAUUACCCCAGCGAAUACAGAUUUGGCAAAUAGUGAUGCAUUAAAGUUGGCCAAAGAAGUUGAUCCUCAAGGUAUUCGAACAAUUGGUGUAAUUACAAAACUUGAUUUGAUGGAUGAAGGCACGGAUGCCCGUGAAAUCCUUGAAAACAAACUUCUUCCCUUGAGGAGGGGUUACAUUGGUGUUGUCAAUCGAUCUCAAAAAGAUAUUGAGGGCCGAAAAGAUAUUAAGAAUGCUCUUGCCGCUGAACGUAAAUUCUUCCUCAGUCACCCAGCUUAUCGACAUAUGGCAGAUCGAUCGGGUACUCCAUACCUUCAGCGGGUUCUGAAUCAGCAGCUCACAAAUCACAUUAGGGAUACAUUACCUGGGCUUCGUGACAAAUUGCAGAAACAACAACUUGCCUUAGAGAAAGAUGUUGAACAGUACAAGCAUUUUCAACCAAACGAUCCAGCAAUCAAAACUAAGGCUAUGUUGCAGAUGAUUCAACAGCUGCAAUCUGAUUUUGAACGCACCAUCGAAGGGUCUGGUUCUGCGCAAAUUAACACUAUGGAACUCUCUGGUGGUGCAAAAAUUAAUCGCUUGUUCCACGAGCGUUUUCCCUUUGAAAUUGUAAAAAUGGAGUUUGAUGAAAAAGAACUGCGACGUGAAAUAGCAUUUGCUAUUCGUAACAUUCAUGGUAUCAGAGUGGGUCUGUUCACUCCUGAUAUGGCUUUUGAAGCCAUUGUCAAAAAACAGAUUUCCAGGCUCAAAGAACCUAGUUUGAAGUGUGUUGACCUAGUGGUGCAAGAGUUGUCAAAUGUUGUGCGUGUUUGCACUGAUAAGAUGAACCGCUAUCCUCGUCUGCGUGAAGAAACUGAACGUAUCAUUACAACCUACAUUCGCAACCAAGAACAGAGGUGCAAGGAGCAGCUUAUUCUCUUAGUUGAGUGUGAACUUGCCUACAUGAAUACCAACCACGAAGACUUCAUUGGAUUUGCAAACGCGCAGAACCAAACAGAUAAUUCAGCAAAGACAGGCCGCAAGCUGGGAAAUCAAGUCAUACGGAAGGGAUACAUGUGUAUUCACAACCUUGGUAUCAUGAAGGGAGGCAGCCGUGACUACUGGUUUGUUCUUACUUCAGAAAGUAUUUCCUGGUUCAAGGACGAGGAGGAAAGAGAAAAGAAGUAUAUGUUGCCUCUUGAUGGAUUAAAAUUGAGAGAUGUUGAACAGGGCUUUAUGUCAAGACGCCACACUUUUGCUCUCUUCAACCCUGAGGGCAGGAAUGUUUACAAGGAUUACAAGCAACUUGAACUUAGUUGUGAAACUCAAGAUGAUGUGGAUUCAUGGAAAGCUUCCUUCCUUCGAGCUGGUGUGUACCCAGAGAAGGCAACAGAGCAAUCCAAUGGAGAGGAACAGGGAGGAAACGAGGGAAGUUCUUCAAUGGAUCCUAUGCUGGAACGCCAAGUUGAAACGAUUCGGAAUCUUGUUGAUUCAUAUAUGAGGAUUGUGACCAAGACAACCCGAGACUUGGUACCCAAAACCAUCAUGAUGAUGAUCAUUAACAACUGUAAAGAUUUUAUUAAUGGUGAACUCCUAGCCCAUUUAUAUGCCUCUGGAGACCAAUCAUCCAUGAUGGAGGAAAGUCCAGAAGAAGCUUUGAAACGAGAGGAGAUGCUAAGAAUGUACCAUGCAUGCAAGGAAGCUCUGCGGAUUAUUGGAGAUGUUUCAAUGGCCACAGUCACAACGCCUGUUCCACCACCUGUCAAAAAUGACUGGCUAGCCUCUUCCAUCGAAAGUAACCCUAGGUUAUCUCCGCCUUCUCCUGGUGGUCCAAGAAGAGGUGUGCAGCCCAUGCAGCCAAUGGGUGGUGCACCAAUGGGAGGAUCAUCACGACCUCCCCCAGUUCCUCCAGCAAGUGGACGCCCUGCUCCAGCUAUUCCCAACCGUCCUGGACCAGGGGGACCACCAAUGCCACCAGGCAGACCUACAGGCGCGGGCGCUGGACUACCUCCUCCACUCAUCCCCUCGCGCCGCCAAUAGGUGUGCAUGAGUCUAAUCGGUUAGGGCAGCUUCCUAACAUCUAUAACCUUCCCUGCAACAAACAACACUCACCUCUGGGAGAUUGUAAAGCGCAUCACUGUCAGUUGUCAACAAUGAGAAUAAUUUGCUAAUGGCGAAACAUUUGCACCGUUUAUCUCUAGGACUUAGCUCAUUUAAAAAAUAUAAAGAAACAAAGUGAGAAAGAAAAGUAUGGGAAACACCUUUUCCAUGUCAAAUUUUUGAGGAUGUAAAUGUUAUUUUUUUUUUUUUUAGAUUAAUGUAUCUAGUGUUGUAUGUGUUUGAGGUGCUUUACAUUUCUUUCAUUGUGCUGAGCAUUUAUCCAGAAAAUUUAGUUUAGCCCAUAAGUCCGCACACUCCACCUACUUGAAGGAAGAAGCAGCCAUGACCACCAACGACAACUCCUCUAACGUAGUUUUAUUUGUUAACGUUGGGGUAUCAGACGUGGACAAAUGCCACAACUUCCCCAGCGUGUGCAACAGGAGGUUACACAAGCAGUUGGACAAGCUGUAGCUCGGGCCGCUGUCAACGAGUUUAUGGGCGCAUUCAAACGCUGAGAUCAUCAUCUUCGAUUCUUCCUAAUGUAGCAAUAUCUGUAUGUCUUUUAAUGGAAUAUUUUAUAGACAAUCUUGUCAUUUAAAUCAGAUAGAUGAAUGAAUGAUUCCAAAUGCAUAUCUUGGUUUUAUCAAUUUGGAUAGGCCUAACUUGUUUAAAGUUGAAGAGCAUAUUGCAUAGGAAUUAAAAAAGAUCACAGCUCUGUCAGUGUUUUAGGGGCGUUGUAUGGCUGAAACGCACAUUGAAGCUUUUGUUAUCAAUCCUUGUAGGACUUCUUUUGCCUUUUUAAAAAAUAAUUAGCGCUCUGAUGUGCAGACUGCAGAAUGUCAUCCCAGAUUGAUAUUUUACCUGAUUGUGUUGUAUAUAUUUAUAUCUAUCUUAUAUAUAUUUGAGAACUAUACAUACCAGUAUAAAAGUGUCUAUUCAAAUGAGGAUUCUGUAAAAAAUCAUGAAGUUUUUCAAAAUAACUGUUAACCUUAAAACCUCUUGAAAUUAUUGAGUUUUGCCUAUUCCUCAUUUGAAUUGCUCUGUGGGUGUUAAAUUGUCAACUUGUGGUCUCCUCUCCUCUGUACUAUUAGUUUUAAUUUUCAGUCAAGACAUUCUCAGGCCGCAUGCCACAAAAGAGGUUUUGUAGUGAUUAGAAUGUAUAAUUUUAAGGUGCCGUCUACCUCUAUAGUUGAGGGCUGCCACAAAGGAACAAGAUUUUCAGGCUGAUGAAUUGUGUUCACACCAUUCCAUGACAUUUUGCAUCUCAGCUGUAUUUUCUUUCUCAAUUCAUCUAAGAUGAGUCAAUGUCAUUGUUAUCAGCAUAUGUAGAAAGGUGUUUUUAUGCUGCAGUUUAAUAAUGCCUUGUCAGUGCUUAAAUUAUGUAGUGUUUCACACCUUUGCGUACUUGUAUAUUUCACUUAAAAUAGCAACUUGUUACCAAACAAACUAGGUACUUUAAUAAUUUAGGAGGUCCAGCAUCGGUAAGCACAGCAUUAGAUCAGGAUUGGGAUGUGCAAGAGUAGUUUUUUUAGUGUUAUUUUAUGACACUGCACUUAUCUAUGUAUUGGGUGAUGUACAUUCCAGUUGUUAAAUGGACACAUUGUACAGUGUACAUUAAAAAAAAAAGGAUUCUACUGUAAUUUAUUGGAGCUUUACAAUUACAAAUGUAUUUUUAUGCUUGUUGUUGCUGUUAUUGCAAAAUUUUAAUGAGAGUUAUGAUAUUUAUUAGUAGCAGUGAAGCACAUUACAUAGACAUAUGUACAUUAAUCAACCUUCAAUAAUGCUGGUACAUUCAUUCGCUCUUGUAACAGAAUUGUAUGAGGAAGGGAUCAGCACUAUCUUCAUUGCCCCUAGCAUCUAGUGCAAAGCCCUUAUUUGCAGAAGUUUGGGACAAUAUGAAUACAAGGUCAGAUGCUUGGUGCUUGGUCUUUUCUUUGAUCCGUUUGAUCCUUGUUUUGUGUUCCCUGUUUCUUGUUUCCUGUUGCAACAAACUGUUAGUUCAACAGAUUAAUUUUACCAGUGUGCUCCUUUGAGGAAAGCUGAAGGUGUUGAUUUACAAUAGAAUACUACCUAAGGCAUGACACCUAAUUGAAUCAAUCAAUUUACUCAUUCUUUCAAUCUAGUUCAGGGGUAUCUGUAUAUUCGGAACAUUUUUUUGUUAUAAUUCCCAUUAGUGUAAGGCGUGCUUUAUAUUUGAUGUUAAAAUUGUGAUACUUUUGUCGUAGUCGGUUUUCAUAUAUUAUAUUUUUAUGGUUUUGUAUGGAGGCUUUUUCCAGCAGUAUUGAGAAGUCUGUUUACAUCAGAAUUUUCUCCAUGGUGGCGUAAUUAUUCUAAGAAAAUAUGGUUGUACCCUUCACAAUCGUUGUUUCAAGAAGUGUGUUCUAAAUUUUUAACAAAGUUUGUCUUUAUAGUUAAAAUAACUAACAAUGAAGCAAAAUUUUCUCUUUUGUGUACAAUUUUUUAUUUCUUCCCGCGACUGUUUUUCUUGAUCAUACUCGGAGAAAACAUUAUCUGUGUAUUCCUCCGAAGUAAUUUCUUACAGUUUGUUCUAGAGCAUUCUACAAAUGCUAUCCAUUAGAAGAAAUAAAAUGAAUUCAUUAUUUUUGGGAACAUAUAUGGUCUUUUCUAGGGAUUGAGCUCAUGAGUUGAUCAUUUUAAAGGGACUACAAGGGAAAGUUGAAAUGUUUCUUAGUGAAAUGCAAAUUUUCAUCCUUAUUUAAUGACUUAAUGCGGCAAUGGUAGGCAUAGAAGUUUCCUGUGUUUUAAUGAACUUGCAUAUAAGCAGUAGUAUUGCUGCUACGUUGUUUAAUUGUCCAUUACUGUCAUAACAUGAUUGUUGAUUUCAAAUGUACAGUAGACAUAUAAGCGUUAGUGUGAAUGAUCCCAAUAAUUUCUUACUUUUCAACGUUCUUUCAAUUGUUCACACAUUAUGCUAUGCUGUGUUGUUAGCUAGCUGUGCGACUCACUCAUUUUAAGGGCCGUAUGAUUAGAUGCUUUUUUAAAGAAAUGUGUGUUAGUUCUGUUUAACUUAUCUAAUUGAGGACAAAGUGCUGGUAAUCCAGUAUUUUAUUGCAUAUCUCAGGUUUGCAUUCCACAUAAACUGCUAUUGAAAAGGAAGGAGGUACUGUGAAGAUUAAUUGUCUGCUUUUAUUGUGAACGAAUCUUGUGUUAAGGUUUUACUCUGCCUCUUUCCAUCUUGAAUAAUGCAUCUCAAUGAACCAUCAACGACCUAAUAAAUUAUGAAUGCUCUAGUCUCAGAUAUAUGUAUAUAAAUGUGUGUAUUUUUUUCCUUUUGGUCUUGACUGAUAUUCACUUGCAAAUGUCAAGCUCUGUACCAUGUAUUUUUUUUAAAAGGCUGAUUUAGAGAUCAAGGAUGUAUGAAGACCAUGUUUGGCAACCUUUCAGCCCAGGGUUGCAUAAUUUGUCAAUUAACAUCCAGUAAUCAGCUCUAAACUAAUUUGUGUACCCUUGGUUACAUGCUGUACUAGCAGCUAGCAGAGAUUGAACCUGUAGCCCUCACAAUAUUAAUCAUAAUAAACAUGUUAAAAAAUUCA